ACAUUAUCCAUCCAUCGAUUUUGUUUGCACUUUCGUUUGUGCUACAUUCACUCACACAGGCAAUGUGUGGUGUUCCUCUCUUCAACCUCGCUCCCAAUCUCACCGUUUCACGGCUCUGCUUAGGAACCAUGACUUUUGGGGAGCAGAACACGCUGGGCGAAUCCUUUCGCCUUCUCGACCAAGCCUUCCAUGCCGGCAUCAAUUUCUUCGACUCCGCCGAAAUGUAUCCCGUGCCUCAGCGUCGUCGUACGUGCGGCAGGAGCGAGGAGUAUCUCGGCCGUUGGAUUGCUCACCGGAAUAUCCCCAGGGAUAGUGUCGUUAUUGCCACUAAGGUUGCUGGACCAUCGGGGCAGAUGACUUGGAUUAGAGGUGGUCCUAAAUGUUUGGACGCCGCUAAUAUUAUUGAAGCUAUUGAUAGUAGUUUGUUGCGGAUGCAGAUGGAUUAUAUCGACCUUUAUCAAAUUCAUUGGCCUGAUCGCUAUGUUCCAAUGUUUGGAGAAACCGAGUAUGACCCAGUCCGACAAUAUGCUUCAGUUGGUAUAGAUGAACAACUUGAAGCUCUCAGCACAGCUGUGAAAGCUGGGAAGAUCAGAUACAUUGGUCUCAGUAAUGAAACACCUUAUGGCUUGAUGAAGUUUAUUCAGGUUGCUGAAAAAUAUGCUUCACACCUGAAGAUAGUAUCUCUGCAGAAUUCAUAUAGCCUUCUUUGUAGAACUUUUGAUUCUGCAAUGGCUGAAUGCUGCCAUCAGGAGAGUAUUAGCUUGUUAGCCUACAGUCCCCUGGCAAUGGGUAUACUUUCAGGUAAAUAUUUCUCCCUGGGCGGUGGUCCAACAGAUGCUCGUUUAAAUCUUUUUAAAGGGAAGUAUUCAGAAGGUGAAUCUAGAUACAAUUUGUCCAAUAAAAUUAUAGAGGCAGCUACCAUGGAAUACCUUAAUACUGCAAAAACAUAUGGUCUUCAUCCUGUAUCUUUGGCUAUAGCCUUUGUUUUGCGACACCCACUUGUUGCUAGUGUUGUUUUUGGGGCUACUAGAUCAUGGCAACUCCAGGAGGUUCUAGAUGCAUGCAAAAUCGAGUUCACAUCUGAAGUAAUUGAUGAAAUUAACAAGAUACAUUCGAGGUUUCCAAAUCCAUGCCCAUAAUGAAUGCAAUUGAUCAAUUCCCCAUUUUUCAGAAUUGGUAAUUUUCAACGAGUAAUAGUUAGUCUUUUUUGGCUUAUAAGGUGAAUCUGUCUAUUGUCAAUGGUGGUUAGGUUUGCAGUUUGUUAGUUAAUGCUUCAUUAUUCCUAAAUGAUUGUAAUUUUAAUCUGUAAAAUGGGUUAAAUUAUAAAUUUUCAAUUAAACGUUAGUUUUUCAUUU